CGUGUGUGAGGUUUCAGGCGCUAAAGAAAACGUCGAAGCGGAAGAGUGUUGCUGCACAGCGAAAGCAGUUGUGUGAAGUGGAAAUACUUCGUGCAAGCCGAGUCACGAAAAAGCGAAGAAAAGAAAGGUUGUGAUCCGCGAGGAACUCUUGAACAUUUCUUUUCAUCUUUUGCUCACGUUGGCGCGAGUUUAGUGAUGCGCCGAGGGGAACCUAGCGAACAUACACUCGCAGAGGGUGAAAGAAAGUGCGAUUCAUAGCCUCCGCCCCCUCAACAGCCCUUUGCGCUCUAACGAACAGCGGCGAGUGAAGGACUUCAAUAAUCAGACAGAGGAGAGAGAGUGAGGCGAAACCGCGGCUGUGCUAAGUUUUGUUUUUAAGAAAAAUAAAAUAUCGCUAAUGUGUGUCAGCUGGUUGAUAACUAUUAAAGUUGGGCAAUUUCCUCUUUCGUGUUCGUACUCUACCAUGCUGAUGAAUUUCAUAUAAGUUUUCGAAAAUUAAAUCAAGAGAAACGAAGACGAGGGUGAAAUCGAAGUUGAUAAUGAUGGUAAAGUGCCGAUCGGGAAGGAUCAUCCAGUAACAAAUUGACACUGAGCUCGCUGCACGUAUCAGAGAGAUUUCACCGAAAAAUUUGAUAUUUGAAUAUUUAUGAGAGGCGGUUUUGCGAAACCAUUUAACAGCAUCCCUGUAGUACACAAUAAGCUAUAGAAAAAAAACAGGAAGUGUAAAGAGUGUGAUGACAAACUCGUGCAAGUGGAAAAAGCAGUGAAAGCCUAUCCUCCUAUCAAUCGGGCAGAAGAAAUCGAAAAGCUGUCGAAGAAAACAAGUUGACCGAGAAAACAAGAAACAGGUUCGCCGCUUGCUGGAUGACAAAUUGAAGUUUCGCUCCAGCUCCUUCGCUCCCUGUCUGUCUGUCUGUCGGUAGGACUGACUGCCGAUCACUCGCUGCACGCGCGUGCCCCUUUCUGGUGGAUUCGAACCGAAGCAGGCCCCCGAGUUGCACGGACAGUCGGUCAAGCGUGAGGGCCCCCCUUUUCGUUGGAACCGAGAGAAACGACAUCUAACGCAUCAGCCAGGAAAGUUGAAACAGGCUCAGCGGCCACUAGGUGGAUUACGACCAGGUGAUUGUUGCCCCGAGCAAACCUUGAAAGGGUCAGCGACUUCCCACGAUGGGGAAAAGAAAUCGGCUUCUGCCGAUAGGAAUUACCAUUUGUAUGGUGCUGUACGCUGGUGUUGGAGUGAUGGCGGAAUUCAAUUUCGAUGACGACCUGGAGGAUUUGAUGGCCGUAGAAUCCAACGUGGACGAAGAGGUUUUCGGAGAAUCGGUGCUACCAUCGGAUGUAUUCAACGGUGGCAAACCAUUCUACGUCGAGCGAGAUCCAUCAACCGGUGCAAUCGACUUUAAUCACAAGAAAACCGUAAAUCAAAUUGAUCUAGAUGAGAAGGGGUUCUACGACAAUAAGGAUAGCCAUAUGAGCGACACAAAAGACGUGGUGCUCAGUCAGUCUGCCCCGAACUUUCACGAUUUCCUUAAUCUACCCGUGAAAUACACGUCGUCAAAAUUUGUUUACCCAUUGAUUUCCAGCUCCUACUCAAAUCUCAAGUAUCAGGGUAGCAACAAAGUAUCCAACCAUAAGAACUUCACAUCUCCUGCGUCAACCACGACUGCAGCCCCAAAGUUCCAAUUUACUCGACCACAGUAUACGACUACAGCAAAACUGAACGUUACCCAUCCGCAAACAAGUUCGACUACUAGUAAUAUGACACAAAUGUCUACACGAUACACCUACCCAACCACAUCAGGACGACCCAUAACCACAACAACCACAACUACUACCACGACGACUACACCAAGCCCAACAACUACUAGCACAACUAGGCAACUAAUCACCCGUUACCCCUACAAGAGCACAAUCAAGAACAAAUAUCUCGAAACAACAGAAAAUCGCAAGAAGUUCUUCCUCCCAUCUACCCUAUCGUUACCAACAACCACGACCACUCAGAAGCCCCAAUCAACCGUAGCACAAACGACUCCGAUACGAUCCUCGACAUACUAUUCACCAUCCGUACGUCCCUGGACGACUCCGUCAACAGCCAAACCGCCAACAACGCCCGCUUCCACCACCGAAUCCCGUCCCGCCAAUCCCAUCCGUUUCGUCGAUGACCAGCACCCGACAUCUGAAGAGGACACCACUCCCAAGAUCAAAUUUACCAUUCCAGCGUUGAAGUACGAAGGUAACCGUCCUGCACCAUUCCGGCCACUUCCUCCGAGCCACGUUCAGCAGUUGAAUAGACAAAACGAUUCCACCAACAAAAUAGACCUCCCAAUGAAUCCUGCUGUGAUGUCCCUGUCGGACAUUUUCAACUCUCUCGGCUUGGAUGAUAAGCAAGCUGCCGCGGAGGAACAGGAGAACGUGAUUGUUUUCGAAACGACGCUCGCUCAAACCACCGAACGGACGACUCCACCAGCCAUCGUACUAAUCCCGGACAACCAACGACAGCCGAACCUGGCUCAGCAGGGAGCAGCCAUCGAGCAACCGGUUGAUCUAUCUAACCAAUACGUUAAGUACGAAGUUCAACAAUCGAACGAGAUACGACCAAAGCAACCGAUGGACGAACAGUACGUACAUUACGAAGUGCAUCAACCGAAUGGACACCGACCGCAAGGACCAUCGCAGGAUGCUGACCUCGGCAAUCAGUAUGUUAAGUAUGAAGUGCAGCAACCUCAAAUGAAUGUCGUUAAGUUUGGAACAGUUCCAAGUAUGAACAGUGUGGUUAUCAGUCCCAACCAACAUUCGGCAACAUUUGUUUUGGGCUCACAGCAAUCCGUCGGAGGUUCGAGCGAAGGACACUUUAUUGGAUCGGUUUCGCAAGAACCCUCCUCAGCAGCUUUAAGCGGACAUCCCGCAGGCUACCAAAUGGGUCAAGUACUAGACGAACCCAAUGAAUCAUCCAAUGUUCAAGUUGGAGCUUCGGUAAAUGUGCAAGUUAAACCCCAGGAUAUCAUAAAAACUACAAGCGUAAGAUUCCCCAGCGAAAGCGACGACAAGUACGACAAUGCUCCUAUCAUAAGUGGAACUCAUAAAAGCGAAGUACUGCCUCCUAACGGACACUCUGCUCCGGUCGCAAUGGGCUCGAACCAAGUGGUUGUAUUUCCCAAGAAUGAAAAAAUCGAUAGCACGCUGCACGAGGUAUCUAAUAGAAUUGUAUUCGAUACACCGAACAGCGAUGCACUGAACAAAAAUGAACUACCUUCCUAUCCAUCUCCGCUUCCCGAACAGUUAACUCCACCAUCGAGUGGAGAAAGUGGACAACACUUGAAACGUCCACGACCACCAAUGCCAGCACAAGGACCUCCAUUCAUCUACAAAGAAAUUCAACGUCGACCCUACCCAGGAGAUCGCGCCCGCCCCCCGUUAAAGCUUCCAAACAUUUUGCCUCAAUUCCGUCCAAACGCCAAAAUUUCGCACGGGCAUCCUCAUUUUCACAAAGAAUCUGGCACCUACCGUGUUCCUCCUGCGCAACCAGGCAAGGCCAUUCCACCCAACGGCCCCUCUAUGAGGAAGCCUUAUCCUGAACAUCCCUCUUCUCAGGCAUCAACUCUACCUAUCCGACGAGCACCAGUACCCACUCGGUUCAUGACUCGAAUCAAUACCGCACGUCCUCAGAAUAUGCCGAUGGCACCACACAUGGAAGGUUCAAAUGAAAACCGCCGAUACUACCGCUUACCUCCGCCACUGCUGAAGGAUCGUAUAUUUCAUCUUACACCACCAAAUAUGAAACCACCACCACCCCCACCACAGCCAACCUCGGCGGCAUCACGUUUAGCGGAUAGUUAUGCUCCACCAACACCGGAAAAACCUACACCAAGCUUGAAACUGGAAGACACUGAGAACAACGAAUUCCAACGUGACCCCCCGGCUAGCCUGAAAAAUACCAUCAAGGAAGACAAACCUCAACGUCCCAAGCUGGAACCCGUUGUAACGCUACAGAUGCUGCAAUCGAAAAAACAAGCAGUCGAAUCACAAAAACACAACCUGCCAACUGGUCAGAAGGUGGACCUAUCAAUCGAAGGUCACCCACCGGUGAACCCCACUCAAGUCAUCAGUAGCGAUGGUAAGCAGCCGGUCUAUGUAGUGUAUCCAGUUAAGAGCACCCCGAUGAAAAUGGACAGCACUCAGGCUGGCAGUAGCGUCGAAUCAGUUGUAGUUGGACAACGAGGUGAACAACUUCCUCUUUCCACGUCCAAAAUCAGCCCGGGUACAGAAUACCAAAACACACCAUUUUCAAUCGCAUCCCAUUUCGAGCAAGAACCCAUUUUGAUGGCCAAGGACAAGAAACACCACCAAAAGCUGCACUUCCCAUACAGUCUGGAAACACCGGAUCCGGUCGCAUUGGCUGAAAUCGAAAACGAAUCUAAGCACCGCCAGCCGGAACCACCGGUAGAGAAGAAACUUGACAGCAUUUACAACAUCGGUGAAGAACCGAUUAGCAAGGAACAAUCGGAGGAUGCUCUAAUAUCAAGUAAACUGCAGCGAGCAACCGAAAGCACACCCAUCGCAAUCGCAUACACACCGACUGAACCAAGCCUCAAGUACAAUUACAAAUUGAAAAACUCACCCUACUACUCACCGUACGGAGAAACCCAAACUGAGGUUUCCUACCUUAAGAUGGACGAGUUCGACGAGUUCGGUAAUCCGGCGCAUCGCUACGAACAAAACUUCCAGGCUCCGUUCCAAGCAAGCAUCAGUUUAGAUCCAGUUAAGGUAACUAACCCAUACGAAGGCUGGGCCGUGGUUACUUCCUCACCACAAGCGCUAGUCCAGGAGCAGAACAAGAUCGAUCGGUCAGAUGAUCAUCGGUACGAUGAGAACGAGUCGACUAAUAAGAAACCUUUCGAUAACGGUGGUGGCUUCCAGCCAGAAUUCCAGGGAGGCUUCCGUCCAAUAUAUGCCGAAGAUGUGAAACUAAGUGACGUUGCGAAUCCCGAUCCACAAUCUAGAAACGCAUUCGUAGUAUCCGAAGUUGAAGAAGCAAAACCAGUUUCUGAGAAUCAGAAAUCACCUGCGAUGGGGGAAAGACCCAGCAAGGAACACGAGGAGAAACCAGUCUUCGAUAGUUUGGAAGCGCUGUUCGACGACCUAACCAAGGACUACGACGAUAACACGGAAACAACGGGCAUGGGUGAUGAAGAGGACGAGGUAGAAGAAAGCACUGCAAAGGAUGCUAACGAGCUCGAAGGGAGAAGUAACAACAAUAACAAUGUGGUCCCCGGAAAAUCCGAUGUGCAAGCAGAACAUGAAGAAGUGAGUGUGAAAAGUGACCAGAAAGAAGAGGCAACGAAUGAGUAAUCGUGAGGGUUUGACAUAUUUCUUUUUUGGAAUACAACCUUUUGGCACUAGUUUGUAUAAAAACAAACAUGUGUCAAUUUGGCAGCUGAUAGCACAGAAACUAUCGGCCAAUCGAAAGUGAAUUGCAUUUUGAGGUUAUGUUGAUUAAAUCUCACGUAGUAAAGCUAGAUUUUACUAAAGAAAUUUGCAGUAUCUUGAGUAUCUAAUGUUAAGUUAUUUUUUCGGGCACGAUUAAGCUUCCUCUAGCCCCCCACGCCACCCUUUUCUUCUUCUGAAUUCAUUCAUUCAGCAUAUUCUAAACCAGCAAACAUAACGCAAUACGUGCAGAAGUAUUUGCCUUGAAAACAUACAAGAAGCUAGUCAGCUAAGCUUAAUAUUAGAUACUUGAUAAACCAAUUACCUAAUUAAUAAAGCAUCAACAAAAAUCCGACAGAGAACCAACCCCAUUUUCUCCGAACUUGUAUAGUUGUUAUUAUUCGCUAAAUUAUGUGUAAUUUUAGACUGAUAAUGGUAUGUAAUAAAUUGAAAUAAAAACUGAACAAAGCUAUUGAAAACAAUAGGGUUAGGUUAGGCGUCUGCUGUAAACAUGAGUGUUGGUUACUAAGGCGCAUGCGUGAAGAUAACUGCAAAUGUGGAACCAAAUCAUCGGUGAGCAUCGCACUACAUUAACGGUGCGGCCACUUCCGGAGAGAAGUUUUAGCUAAAUAAGCAUGGUGCCCAUGGAUCGACAUUGGGAAAUUUUUCACGCUCUCUUCUUUCUGCGAAUGCACAGUUUAGGUGUUCUUUAACCACCCUAUAAUCCAUCAGCACCGAGGGCCAAUGAAUAGGUGAAUGUAUCGACGCUUGGGAUUCUCAGUAACUGGACAUUUACGUUAAGGACCUGGAUUGUAAUUGGAAUUAUUGUAAAUCGUGAAGACGUUAUUUAUUUAUUUAUUUAUGAUUUUUGUUGUAUUUACGAAACUGAAACUACUGACCAUUAUAUCUGUCUCUACGAAACUCUAAAUCAGAAUAAGAAGAUACCUCAAACACAAAAUUUGACGAAAACCAUGCUGUCAAAAUGC